UCGGAAAAACGGAGUUCAAAUUUCCCAAAUUCUUAGUGAAAUUAAUCAACUAACAUAAUUAUGGCUAAAGCAAAUGUAUCGGAUCCCGUGCCUUUUUUAUAUUUAGAUUUAAUGGCCGAUCUUUUGAUGCAUGAGACGAAGGAAAUAGCAUCGGAAUUCGAAAGAAAAGCAGAGUUUGUAAGGGAACAAGAGGCCGCAGUCCUAGAGAAUGCCAAACUUCUCAUCAAAGUCGAUCAGUUUGUGGGAGAUGUUAAGGCCUGUACAAUGAAACUGGAAAUGGAUCUGGAUGAGAACGAGCAGUUGCUGGCUGAAGCGGAGAAGGCAGCCUCCAAAUUAGAGAGAUCCUGUUCAACGUUCCCAGCCAACAGUUGCCGCAUAGAGCCCUUGACGCGUCACACCUACUUGGAUCUGUUGAAGAAAGUCGAGUCCGCAAAGAAAAUGAGCGAAGAGUGCAACAUCCUCAGAGCAGAUUUCGAUGCCUUUGGCAAAGAGACAGCCGAGCGCUUGGCUCCUGCAAAUGUGAUUGGCCAACUUAUAGACUAUCACAACAAAGCUUUGACCACCUUGGAGGAGCAGAUCGAAGAGUUGGAGGGCAAGGUCGGAGCUAUUGCCACCGAAUACGAGGAGAUUACUGAAGAUCUGGGCAUCAGCAGCUUGUCCAAAACAUGCACAUGCGAAAUGGCCAAAGAGGUUCUAGCCAAAGAUUUCUGUAAUGAUCAUAUUUUGAAAAACAACCGAUAACAUAAUGGAUUCAUAUGAAUACUAUUCACAAUGUAAAUGCAAACGUUUAAAACUGAAA